UCUCUCCCUCUCUCUUCCUUUUUGUUCCUUUCUUUUCGUUCGCUUUUUUUUCCGUUUUGCUCAAUAUUUUCCCCUUUUCACUUUUUCUUUGCCUUGUUCACUUUAAAUUUUUCUUGCGGUUCUGCCCUUCUCAUUUUGCUUCUUUGAAGGUGUCUUUUCUUUCCUCUAUACACUGUCGUCCGUGUCCUUUAUGACAUCUCCACCGACAUUAGCAGAGUGUAAUGAAUGGGUGUGCGAACACUCGGCUGCAUUGAUGAGUAAUGUUGCCAGUCGACAAGAUGUUGCUAUGCUACUCGACAGUUUGCAGAUCCUGGUAGAAGCUCUCGACGCGCCCUUGGCGGUGCUGGAACCACUAAAAGGCCGUGUGCGGCAACUCAAAAAACGUCUAGCCAAUCAACAGGACCAAACCCAGCUUAAGGAUGUGUUGCGGCAUAUUCAAGAACUGGGCCAAGAAUGCCAGACAAUCGUGGACAAACCAACGUCGUUUGUGAAAAAAGAUCCAUCACCGAACUAUUAUAUUGAACCCAAUCGAAUUUUGCCUUCACGGACCCGUGCACAGCAAUAUGCGCAUCCGUGGCCUGAUCAAAUCGAUACCAAAGCCUAUUGGUUCCGACAGUACUUUGUUGGAAAGCCUUACGUUACAUUGAUCGGUCCUCUAUCCCCAUCCUCCGUACCAAAGGAAGAACAAGAACAUGCCAUCAUCUCGAUCGUGCGGGAACACGAAAAAGAGUUUGCAAAGAAGGACAGCGUGUCAUUUGUGGGAAAUCGGUACAGGGUUAUUGUCCGCGGAAAAGAGACUUUUCUUUCGCGGCAAGUGGUGCACGAAACGGUUGCCAAGGCAGUUCAGGUGCGUCUGGAGGCAGUGGGAAUGGCAGACUGCUUAGAUUGCAAAGCGCCCAAACCGAAACGAUCACGCCCUUUACGAACAUUUUCAUCAGCCCUCAGUAACGGACCGCAACCGAACAGCAUGACACGCACAAUGCGGGCUGCACUGCUCGCCAUCUAUCCUGAUGUGGAUCUCCGCUGUUUUCACGAAUUAUCUGCCGAAGAAACCAUUCUUGCUGGUCUCGAAAAAGAGUUUCUACGGUUUGAUGAGAUAGGGAUUCCUCGUAAUUACAAAUUUGGCGUACUGACUAUUCGCAAGGAUCAAAAAACAGAAGAAGAGUGGUUCAAUAAUUCAGGCAUGUCGGAUGAUUUAAGAGAGUUUCUCGAAACUCUUGGGACUUGUGUGCAGUUGAAAGGAUACAAAGGUUAUGCAGCAGGACUGGACCCGAAAACUGGCGAAUCGGGAGAUAUUUCGUACAUGACGACAUGGGAGGAUCAUGACAUUAUGUUCCACGUGGCGCCACUGAUGCCGGCAAGAGACAACGACCGACAGCAGGUUCAUCGAAAGCGAUACAUUGGCAACGAUAUCGUUUGUCUUGUAUUUAUCGAGGGCGACUCAUCCGAGUUCCAUUUCAACGCCAUCCGUUCGCAAUUCCUUCACGUCUAUAUUCUUGUCCACGCCGAAACCGUUGCUGGUCAACGUGCGUGGCGUAUUGAAGUGGUGCGGCACAAGAACGUACCUGAAUUUGGACCCCAUAUACCCAGUCCUCCUCUUUUUUAUAACAAGGAGGAGUUGAAACGAUUUUUGACCGUCAAAUGUAAGAGUUUUUAGUGCCACAGAGCAAUGGAAUAUCUCUUCAAACGGAAAUUGAGCAGAAUAGGGAUAUGGAUGUAGUGGUUAAUGCUGAAAAUGCAGCAUUGAAAUCGGAUAAAUUCCGUAUACCAAAUACAAAAGCACGCAGUAGUAUGUUUAGAACAUUGAUGCAAACGGGUUUGGAAGCCAGUCAAACAGCGCA